AUGGAGGAGCACGUGGUGGAACGAAUUCGCCAGCGUGUGCUGCUGGAGCUGUUUAAUUUAGAUCCUGUGGUCACACCAGCGCCAUCGCAAGCAACGUGGCCACAAUGGACUGAAAAGGACAAGCAGCAAGUGAAGAUCCGCGUGCUGAGUCUUAAUGCCUGGGGACUACCAGUCGCCCCCCAAUGUACGGAGCGUGCCGCUGAGAUUGCCAGUGCCAUUUCAAGUGACUUUGAGCUGGUGGUAUUGCAGGAAAUCUGGCACAUUCGCGAGCGAAAUCUCAUCAUUUCUAAAGUCCAGCAAAGUGGUUUUCAUUACUAUCACUACUUUAAUUCGGCCGUAGGCUUUCCAAUACCAAUGGGUCCAGACUCUUUUGGUACAGGACUACUAGUAUUGUCCAAAUAUCCCAUUUCCAGCGCGUUUUUUCACUCCUUUAGUCUUAGUGGACGUCCCUAUGCGCUCCAUGAGUCGGAUUUUGUCGCGAAUAAAGGAGUUGGCCUUUUGCGAGUGGAGACACCGGCAGGACAGAUCGAUGUUUAUGCAACGCACUUGUUGGCCAAUUACAACGCACGAGGUGAACCUGGCCCAGGAGAUAUUUACCAGGUGCAUCGAACGGGUCAGAGUUACGAGCUCACGAAGUUUAUUGCAGCAACGACGAGAAACCGUUUUAUGCUCGUCUGCGGGGACUUUAAUUCAUCUCCUGAUUGUCUGGAGCUUCGAGUACCUAAGCAGUUGCUGUGUCUGAGAGAUGCGUACACAGACACAAACGAUGAAGACGGACUGACGUUUGCAUCGCCUGAUAACAAGUUUUCGCAUGGAGAUCACCCUAUGCGUAUGGACUACGUCAUGUACAGAAUUGAAAAGCAGCCAAAAGGAGAUUUAGAUUGGCACUUGGUAAAUAGCGGCAUUUAUAAAGGCUUUUUCACGGAUGCACGAGGCGAAAAGACGCCACUGUCGGAUCAUUUUGGCGUUCAAGCCGAAUUCAUUUACAGUCAACCCCGCUCGCGAGUCUGUGGACAGCAGGAAGGUUACGACGUAGUUUCUGCAAAUGAAUUGGCAUCACCAAAAGCAACAAAAGAGCAAGAGCUUUUUUGCUUGACGACGAUCAACUCACACUGUGACAAGAAUGUGAUGAAACAGAACGGUGGAGACAAAGUGGCAGCGGAUUCCGCAUGUCUUUCUGAGGUCCAACAACUACUAAUGAUUGGUCGGAACAGAGCAAUUGCAGCGCGUCAUCUUCGUUUAUGGCGUGCCGUGACCUUCCUUGUGGCAGCAUUAGCCAUUCUUGUAUCACACAUGAUGUCGAUCAUAGUUUCGAGAUGGUCCUGGAUUGUUGUUUUGAUCUUUGGCGUGAUUAGUGUGACUGAGUACGUCCUGGCCUUCUUCUUUUUGACCUUUGAGUGUUCGACAUUCACCGAGCUCAUAAAUCAGGUGCAAUUGCACCUUCACUUGCAAGCACAUCGGACGGAAGAAUUGAAAGUGGUGGAAGCAGCAAUUUGA